UCAAGUAAAACGGUAACUGAAGAAAAGCCUAGAAAUUCAAACACCCACUCCCUGAAAACGAAAAGCUAAGAACUUGAGCAGUUCUGCUGCUUUUUUUUUCAUCCGUCCGUUACGAGGGCAGAAAAUCUGCCUACGGUGGUACUUAUUUGUUCUGACAUAAUUUGGGGAUAAAUUUUCUCCUUCACCUCCAUUUACAGGCCAACAAAGAAGGAAGAGAAAAUGUCAAAAAAGAAGGCUUUUAGCGGAUCCACAAUGACCCUCAAGGACUUCCAUGGCGGCUCCAUUCCAUCCGAUCUUCCUCUCCCUUCCGCGCCUGGAACGGUUGUGAAGGUUCCGGAGAGGGAGAGGCAAAACGCUGGAUCGAGCUGGGGAGGUCCGGCUAAUAGGGGAUUUUCUGCCGGAAUUAGGCAGGGGUUUGGGAAUAAUCCGCAGCGAGGGUUUGAGGAAAAGGUGUCCUAUCUUCCGAACUCUGCAAACAUUGGUCGUAAUUUCGAUGAGGAUGAGCGCAAGCCUCUGGAUGGCUUUCCUCGCCGUGGUGGUGGUGAAGAGGAUUAUCAAGAGGAGCGCCGCUAUAGGGCGGGGGAUCGGGUGGUGCCUGCACGGUCUGAGGUUAAAUCUGAAUCUGCCGGAUUGGGGAUUGCUCGGCAGCAACAGCAGCAUUCCGCAUCAUCGCAGCAUGAUUUUGGAUUGGUUAGCAAUCAGGAUCGGGGUUUGAACCAAGUGUUAUUUGUUAAUCAGGGUCUUGCUCCUCUUCCGAAACAGUCAGGUAGUGCGCGGUCUGGUCAGCAAUUUGGACCUGCACCUGUCCCUGCUUCGGCUCCUGCUUCUGCAGCAGUGCCAAAUGCUUGGGGAAUUCGCCGAGAAGCGGAUCAUUUUGCUGUAAAUGAGAACUUGUCUUCAACGUUGAGGUGUGCAGAGUCUGUCGCAUCGAGGUUUGCUCAAGCGAGUGCUGUGGACAAGGUUUCUUCUGGCAGAUGGCAGUCAAGGUUGUCUUUUGAGCAGCAGUCUGAUAGAUUUGGCCAGACUCAGCAUUUGGAUUCCUUGUGCGAUGGCCGGAAAACAGGAGUGGAUUCUGGUAGUUUAGGCUCUGGUGUCGCUGAGUCUGAUUACAUAGGCAGAUGGACCAGAACCCAAGUCAGCACAGAGCAGAAUAGCUACGAUGAAAGGGAUAGGUAUGAUGUUGAUGAUUUCAAAAGGAAUAGUUAUGUGGAGAGUAGGAAGGGAGCAUCUGUAGAGGUAGGGAAAACAGAUUCUGCAAAAGAUUUUUUGAUUGAGCCAGCACUAAAUAGUGCUGUUGACAAGCUAACGGUAUAUGCAGAAACUGCUAGAGCAAGUUUUGGAGAAUCGGCACAAGCAAGGUUUGGUUCAAAUGUGGAUAAUAGUGGUAAUGCAGAUGCUGGCUUUAAUAGAACUGAUGUUCGUGCAGACAUUAGUAGGAGUGAGAUGGCUGCUCUUGGCAACACAGUUCCAAGGCAAUUGUCUCCCGUUAUGGAUUAUAAUGAAAAUAAGAAUGUUAGCAGUCACCUUAAAGAGAGAGUAGUGCUAGGUGAAAAUAGUGUUGAGGUUUCUGAGCCUUAUUAUAAUACAAGAAGUGCACUUAGUAUAGGUAAUUCUAGGGAUUCUUUAAUAUCUGAGGGUUCAAAGAGCACCUUUUAUUCAGACUAUAAAGUUAGUGGAAAUGUUGUUCAAAGUUUGGACAAUGAGGCUAGUAGAAAUAGGUUUGGAACAGAAGAUGCACGUUUGUCUAGUCCGCAUGGUGGCUACAGGCCACGUUCAAGUGAGAGUAACCUUUCCCCUGCAAUUGGGUCUUCAGUUCAUGUGCGAUCUGAUUCUUCAGUGCGACCCAGAUUAAAUCUACUCCCACGUACCAAACCAUUGGAAUUUGCAUCCGAGACUGCAGCAUCAGAGCACUCAGAGAAUUCUCAUAGUGGGUUGAUGAAUAAGUCAUUUGAGCAUCACACUGCUUCUAGCCCAGUACCUGUUGAAGCUAUGAAUGGAGUAGGAAAUGCCAUUUAUUCAGCUGGGAAAGCCUUGGGGACAUCUGAAAUUGAGGAGGAGAACAGACGUAGUGGGCGACCAAAAUUAAAUUUGAAGCCUCGCACAGUCCCUGUUGAGCAACUUGAUGCAAAUCUAGAAAAGGAAAGGCAAUCUCUUUUUGGUGGGGCACGGCCACGUGAAUUGGUUCUGAAGGAGCGUGGUGUCGAUGAUACAGUAAUUAAUGGUCUUGAUCCAGUUCCUGUGGAUAACAUUGGUAAGGGAAGCAAAAUGACCCCAAAGGGGACAAACCAAUUGGAUGAGAAGUUUGAACAAAAUGUUGAUUCUUCAGGUGUUGGUCGAAAUAUUCGACUAGAUGAGAAAGCUGAAAAUGUUAUGUCUGAUAGGAAAGUAAAUGGGCCUCCGGAGAGGCUGGAUACAAGUCGUUCUGAGCGGAGAGACCUUGACAAGAAGGAUCACCGGGCAGAUAUGGAGAAGCAAGAGCUCCAAAGAAAUAUCAGGAGAAAUGAGAACUGGCGCAGUCCACAUAAUAACUAUAAACAAGAGAGAAGGCAAGAUCCUGAUAAACAAGAUAGCUGGCGCAAGCCGGCUGAUCCCCCUAGUUCAAAUAGUGGUCCACAGAAGAAUAUGUCUUCGUCUCUGGUAGAUACAUCAACUGAUGUGCCAGGUAAACAUGGACAUGGCCGAGCUACAUCUGCUGUGGAACUUGCUAAAGCAUUCUCCAGAUCAGCAUCUCUUAUAGUCAAUGGACAGAGGUCAUCUGUUACAAAUCCUUCUAAUGAUUCUUCUGGAAGAAAGGCACUGCCCUUUUCUCGUCUUACAGACUCGUCUGCCCCUAGAGAAUUUUAUUCAAGCUCUGCUCAAAGACAUAUCAAUGGAUAUUGAUCUUGCGCUGCAAAAAUAACAGGGAAGACUUAGGCUAUGCUGUGGAUCACAUUGAUCCUGGAAGGUAGGAAGACAUUGAAUGAUAAUCACAUUGAUAAAAUUGGUUUCUUUCAUUUCAGCCGACAUAAUGUCAUUGCAUUGAUAGUGUUUAUUUUCUGCCAACUCCUCAAAAGUGAUGGUAUAGCAGGGUUUUAUUCCGAAGAUGCUGAUAUUAUUCCGUCAUUCUUAUGUACGAGCACUGAACAAAUGGUGCAACCAUAUCUUUGGAUGCCUCCUAGUGCAUAUUCCAAUUUAUCAUUCAGAUCUGCAUAAAUUAUAAAAUUUUGAGAUGUGCCAUUAUCAAAAUUACCAGCAUUUAUUGCCAUGGCACUUGCUUCAGCUUGGUGAAGUUGAUGUAAGGAGGUGUUGGACAUUUUGUUUAUCAAUUUAAUUUAUGUCUAACAUUUUUUUUCCCUAA